AUGAAACUUUUGAUUCUAUCAGCAAUUAUUUGCUAUUUAUCAUUAUAUGUUGUUCAAGCUGGUAACCAACAGCGAAGUGUUUUACUAGAAGAUGUUAAAACAUUAACACUUUAUAAAGGACAACGAACUGAAGCCAGACGAGUUUCAUCUAUUCCACAAUUAAAAUGUGUUGGUGGUUCAGCAAAAUGUGCUUAUCAACCUGAUGUUGUACAAUGUUAUAAUCGUGGAUCGAAUGGUAUUGAUAUUCAAUGGGAAUGUACAAGUGAAAUGCCACAGAAAUAUAAAUUUGGAAAAAUAAGUGUGUCAUGUGAAGGAUAUAGUUAUCCCGAUGAUCCAUAUAUUUUAGCUGGAUCCUGUGGAUUAGAAUAUAAUCUUGAAUUAACAGAUAAAAAUUUUUAUGACUCAAAACAAUCAGCAAAUGUUCAACAUUCAUCUAGUUCGAGAUUUUGGUCAUUUUUAUUUAAAGUAGCACUUAUCGUCAUUGUAUUUUUUGCUAUUAAAACAUAUCUAUCGGGUAAUAGUCAAACAGGUGGCGUGAGACCAAUGUCAGCUGGACCUGAUCAUCGUCCACCAGGUGGUGGCGGAGGUGGAUUUUUUUCAAAUUUUUUUCCAGGUGGUAAUGGUGGCUUUGGUAAUUUUUUUGGUGGUACACCAGGACAAGGUGAUGCUCGACGAAGACAACCACCACCACCACCAGGCUUUCGAACGGACUAUACCGAUAAUGGAGCAGACUGCACUGCUAAUCGACAACAAAAUACUGGUACAGGUGGUGGAACAAACUUUUUAACUGGAGCUGCACUUGGUGCUUUAGGUGGUUAUGUUUUUGGUGCUCGAAAUCGACAACGUAAUAAUCAAUAUAUGCCUGGUACUACUGCAAACACUGGUUGGUUUGGUGGAGGAGGAACAAGAACAACAACAGAUACCUUUGGAUCGACUGCAUCGUCAUCAUCAAGUGAUACUCAUACCAGUACUGGUUAUGGUGGUACUAAUCGUCGAUAG